GGAGGGGAGCUAUGCUUGUGCUGUCCCAUCUCUGUCAUCCCAAAAAUUAUCCAACUUCAUCUUGUCACUUCGGUCACUUCUCUGUCUUAUGCAUUCUAAGCUUCAACAGUUCUGUGUGGAAAACUGUAUUUCUUCACACUUGUGUGUGUGUGUGUGUGUGUGUGUGUGUGUGUGUGUGUGUGUGUGUGCACGUGCAUGUGAAGUGGUUGUUUGUGGCUGGUAGUUGUGCAUUAUGGCAAACGCUGGUUUCUUACCCUGCGAGAGAGUCAGAGUCAGUUGUGUAUGUAUGCCAUGCUUGACCAUGGAAUACUGAAGAAGGGCUAUUGUUUCUUAUCUACAAUCUUAUCAAGCCAAGAUAACACUCAUGCUCUGUAACCUUCUUUUGUAAUAAUUUCCAUACCUAGAUUGCCAGAAGAUUACUACUACCCUUUUCAGCCUGAAGAAAAUUAACAGAUAUUUUUUUGUCUUAUCAUCUUAUUUGUAUUGAUCUUGAUCAACAUGCUGAAGAAAGCCAGUUGGGCACAACUGGCAAGGAAUGCUGUGCCACCCAUCAUAAUGAUGGUACUGGAGUCUGCUCUGGGCUGGUACCAAGGGCGCAUCAGCCUCUACGACAAACAGUCCUGGGAGACAACUGUGGAACAGCGCAUCCUUCAGGGACUCUCCUACACACCACGCAAGACUGCCAAUCCCAAGACAGAGUUUAUUGAUGUCGACUUAGUUAGAGGUUCUACUUUCCCCAAGGCCAAGCCACACUCAGGCCUGUGGCUGGCAGGCUUGCAUGGCAUCGCUCGCAUUGCUCUGCUGCCGCUGUAUCCCCACUGGUGGGUACGUGAGACAUCCUUCUGCGGAUUCCUGGUUGUGCUGUUCAUUUACUGCUCUAUUGUGUACUGCAGUGCAGUGGUGCUAGUCAACCGCAAUGAUGAACACCUCAUGAAGGACCUGUCAGUGUCAGAGGCUGUCCUGCCAGCAGUGGCACUGGUUAUGUUGAGCAUCAUCCACUCUCAGAUAGUAUGUACACGGCAUCCAGGGGGUCCUUCUUCCCCCAGUCACAGUGCCAGGUGUCUCAGCGUGCGGUGUGGUGUGGGACGCAGGACGGCCAGACUUGUAAGGAGAAGUGUGGCUAUGUCAGGAAGAGGUAAGAAUGUUGUGUGUGACUGCUGGAAACGUGACGUGGCCAAGCUGACAAGUGGCUUCAUUAAGAAAAGUACAACUCCAGUCAAGACAAGAUCUCUAAAAAACUUCAGAUCUCACUCAGAGGAGCCACGAGGGGAGGAACCUCACCCUCCUCGACCUCGCUCAGCAUCAGAGAACUGUGUGUCCCCUGCCUCAUCCUCCACCAGCCCUGAUGUGCAGCCACAGAUCAUCAUUUUCAAGGCUCGAGGAGAAGGUGGAGGGGAAGUUGAGGAGCAGGGGACUACCACCUCCUCCUCCUCUGACCGCAGCCCAGACAUCCACAGUGGAGGGCCUGAGGAUGGCAAGUUCUUCUCAAGCCUCUCAGCCAAAUCUUCACCCAACCCAAGCUACACCAGUCAGUCAGAGAAUGAGGACACCCAGACAGUCAUAUCUCCAUCUCAGCUUGCCACAGAGGGUGAUGAGGGCGACAGCGGACUAGAAGGAACAACAGAGACUGCCAGGGAUGAAAGAACAGUAACUGAUAAACACCUGAAGCUUCCCCUGCCCAGUGUGAGGCACAGAGGACACUGUAGGAAGGUCUGUCAGCAUGAUGAAAGUGGGGAGGGGGAGGAGGCACUUUAUGCUGAGAGAUGGAGGGGAAUGACCAGGUGCCACAACCACCACCCACCACCAGCAUAUUCCUGUUGUGGUGCCAAGCUGACUGAGGCUAGUGUUGCCAGCCACCACCAUCAUCACCACCACCAUAACCAUCCCCACCACCAACCCCAUAACCACCACUGCUCCCCACAGAAGUUCCCUGUGUCUGUUGAGAGGAGUUCUUGUAACUCCUCAUGUGAGAGUGACGGUGAGCAGAGCCCCACCUCCCAGUACUCCAAAAGCAAGCACUCUGAGUUUGAAUGGACUGGCAUCACCACAAACAGUGAUGACCUGAGCUAUAGCAGUGACAGUGAAGGCGGCUGGGACGACCAAGAGGACGGGCCACGCUCCUCACAGCCUCCGGGUUUCUUGCGGCCCGAGACUCUUGAUUGGAAUAUUCAAGGGUCACCAGCUGCCAUCAUCACUGCCACCCCAAAUGUGUCGGUGAAAGUGAGCUGCAAGAUCUUUGAGGGUGUGGAAGUGAAAAAAGUGGACCUUUCAGUGCUGGACAUCUCCUCAGCUGUCAUUUCCAAGGUUGACAGCCUCCGCCACACCACCGUGUAUCUUCAAUUUGGACUGACCAUGGCCAUAGUGAUUGCCCUGGUACCCAGUUUGUGCCGACUUAACUAUGGUGCGUUGGUGACCCUUCUUGAUGCACUAGUCACGCAGGAUUCCCAGGACUGGCCAAACGCUCUAUCUCAUGCCUUCAAGACCCUACUCUCAGACCUCUUUGGGAGCAGUGCCUGGGCAUCAUCAGUGAUUCUACUGAGCUGCAUCAAUCGGUUCCUUCUUGCCUCGGGGUUUUUCUUUCUGCUCUCUGUGGCAGAACGCACUUUCAAGCAGCGGUUUCUCUAUGCCAAACACUUCUGUUACCUGACCUCUGCCCGCCGUGCCAGAAAGUACGAUCUGCCACAUUUCCGCCUCAACAAAGUUCACAACAUCAAGACGUGGCUGUCAGUGCGCUCCUGCCUGAGGAAACGUGGCCCUCAGAGAUCAGUAGAUGUGAUAGUGUCUGCCACCUUUGCCCUCACACUCUUACUGGUCUGCUACUUGUGCUUUGAGCUGCUAAGAGAAGAUGAGAAGCUCCAGAACUCCAUGUACAGCAUUGAACUGUUCCUGUGGUGCUUUGCCAUUGGCAUCUACCUGAUUCGUUUUAUGACACUGGGUGCCAUGAUCAACAAGAAGUACUCCAGCUUGUCUGUCCUGAUCACAGAGCAGAUCAACAUGUACUUGCACAUGGAGCAGAAGCCACAGAAAAAGGAUGAACUCACCCUGGCAAACAAUGUGCUCAAGCUGGUGUCUGUUUUACUCAAGGAGCUUGAAUCACCUUUCAAGAUUUCAGGUCUGUCAGCUAAUCCACUUCUCUACAAUGUGACAAAGCUGGUGGUUCUCUCAGCGUGCUCUGGCGUCCUCUCAGAUCUCCUCGGAUUUAAGCUCAAACUACACAAGAUCAAGUUUAAGUAAGAAGGUGGAGGUGAAGGAAAAGAGUAAAAGUAAGGCAGCUAAGAGAGUUGUGGUGAAUUUUUCAACUAAAGGGAAUGUAGGUAUACUUUUAGGCUCAAUGAAUGAUAUAAGGUGUUGUUAUGGACUCAUUAAUGUAUGUAGUGUGUCGCUUUAGGAGUGGAGGUGAGGGAGUAGUAAGCAAUUUCUUAAUCGUUAAGAUACAUGGCUCAAGUGUGAGGACUGAGUGUGACCAGGGUAGCUGAGAUCUGUCUAAUAGUGAAUGGACUCAGGAAGUUUGAUGUGUGUUAGAUUAGUUGAUUUUUAAUUGAGACUGGUAAUGUUUAUUUAUCCAAAUCUAUUUUCUUACUAAGUUUUAAGCAGUUUAUGUGAUCCUUUUGAUGUGUUUUGAAAUUGUGAAGGAAGGGUGUUGUAUGAUAAUGUUAUUUAUUGUAUGUAUGGAAAUUUUUCAAGUAAUUAUUCUGGUUUUAAUUCUUAAUUUGAAUAUUGAAUUGUAUAUUUGCAUUGUUUUCUUGAAAGUUUGUGUUUCUAUUUAUUGUUUUUCACUCUGCUCAUAAACGCUCAUUGUGACAAGAGCUGUGAAGAUUUACUGGACCCUUAAGACUUAUGGUGACUUAUUAUUGGUGUCAUCACAUUAGGUAUUUGCAGUUAUAAGGUAAAACAUUGGAAGUAAUACCAUAUAUUAUUGUAGUCAUAAAGAAGUAUUAUUGUUUUUAGCCCAGACCCAGGAGCAGAGCUUGUAAGAGUCUUUCAUAGGAGAUUAGUCUUGUGUGUGAUAUUAAUGCAACUAGUGUGAAUAAGGAAUAAGUGACUGAAAGUGUACUUGUGUCGUGUAUCAAUUAAUGUUAUGUGAUAACAGGAAUUGGGUGCAAAUUGAGAGACAAAGACUGAAGAUCCAGGCAAUUAAAGUGAGUUACUUGAGAAGUUCCUGUAGUGUGUGUAGAGUGGAUGAUGACAGAAACAAGAGUGUGAAUUUAAAAUUAAAGGUUGUCAAGUCAGGGGAUAAAUUGUGGAAAACGGUAUUUGUGAGUAUGGCAGAAAAUGUUCCCUUGUGAAUAGAGGCAGAAUGGUAGAAAGCACAAGAGAAAAGAAGGGAAAGCAAAUGAGAGGAUUAGAACAUGCAAAUAGGUAAUAAAAGGAAACUCAUCUUUCACAGUCAUCCUUUCUGAGGAGUUCCUAGGAAGUGGUGUCUGAUAAUGUAUACAUACUGUAUGCAUAUGUUAAGUGAACUCUGUUCAUGAAGGUGGGAUGUACAUGAUACUGUAAUGGAAAGGAUUGUGUCAUGAAAUGGCAUAAAUCAUUUUGUUAUAUGACCUGUUUUCAUUUCAUCUCAGUAAGGAAAUGUCAGAAAUAGGACAAAAUUUGGGAUUGUCAAGGUAAAACUUUUCUUAGAUGGGAAGUUUUGCUUUUAUCUAUUCUUUAAUUUGAGCAAUAAUCUGUCAACAUGACAGUCAGAACAUUUUUAAUAAUGUGUGAGCACCAAAGUUCCUUUGGAGGUGUGUGCAUGUGUUUGUUAUUCAUCCAGUCUUCAGGAUUGUGUGCUGGAAUAAUGUUCAUCAGCCUUCACCUUCCCAGAGAGACUUUAGAACUUGUCAGAGUAUUGUCUGGUGUGUGGAUGAUGUUGAGAUCCUUCACACGGACAUUAACCACUCACUCAUUCGUGUAAACUUUAGUGACCUAAGUGAGGUGCAACCCUCGGCUUACUGAGUGACAGGCAAGGAUAUUACCAAUGAGCUUGCAAACAGUGUAAAUAUAUGCAUGUAUACUUAUAUGUGUGUGUGAAUAUUGGACAUACACUAAUGGGCCUUCACUUUUGAAGACCAGCAUCCCUAGUUAGCUUGUGUUAUAUUAGUAUUUGACUUCAGUCUACAAUCCUAAGCAGUACCUGACUGAGUCAAAGAGAGUCAUAAAUGUAAACCUUUCCUGUGUUGUGAUGUCUAGAGUUAGUUGAUAGUGUUGGGGAUCCUGAUAUGAGCCAUGAUGAAAGUGACAGCAACCAGUGUGUUCAUUUAGUAGUCAUAUAUGGAAGAUAUUAGUGGGUUUGUGGUGCAACAGGUGUUGGGAAUGAUAAUCAAUAUAGUUCGAAUUUACAUAAGAGAAAAAUAAAAAAAACACAAAGCAUACAUGGACAAGAACUGCCAUAAUGUAUUUUGUGUUGAUAUUUACUUAACUUAUUAAGUUACAUUUAAGUAUGUACAUGUUCAUUAAGCAAAUGUUCUUAAGGAUCUCAUGACUUGAAUCUAAUUAAGAUUAUGCACAUGGAAGCCGCAGGGAAGAAUGUGAACACCCACGGUCGAUAUGCUGUGUAGUGUUGCACAGUGCUUCUGGCUUUCUUGCAUAUCAUUAUGGUAGUAAGAUUUUUUUUUUUUUUUUUUUCAUUAACUUUAACUUUGAUAUAUUUCUUAUGAGGUAAAUGAAUGCUUCUUUGGUGUGGGGUUGGCAGGUUCAGUGCCAGGGUGGAAGUAUUGCCUUAGUGUUGUGUAAUUUGUUAUUUUGAUUUGAUGUUACUGCAUAAUGCCAUGAUUACUCUAGUCAGCUUCCCGCAUUGGAAUUACAGUGAUUUUGUUGACAUAACUUGUGUUGUUUGAUUUGUUUUUAAAUAUUGAUAAUUUUUAUCCUGGAGAAUACUACUAUUUUUUGUGAGUGUAGCAAUAAUUUGUCAUGUCAGUUAUCUAUAAUGAAGUUUGUUAAGUAUUGUGCUUCAGUGUUCAUAUUCCAUUAGCUGUUCAUUGAUGUAUUAAGAUUCUUGUAGUUUGUCCAUUCUUAACGCUUUGUGUGAUGGAGCUGUGAAUUUAAUGUUAUUGAUUAUUUUAAUGCUCCUGUACUCUGUUUACUUCUUGCGAAUUUUUAAUAAAAAAAUUAUGGCAGUCA